AGGACACCGGCCCUCCAGGACUGAGUUUGGGCAGCCCUGAUAUAAGGUUAUUUUGUCAUUCAUAAAUGGAGUCCCUUCGCUACGUAAUUAAUUUUCAGUGUGAACGCACUACUCGCACUAUUAUAUACUAAAAACGUCAUAGAAUAGUGCAUAAGUGCGAUUUGGGACGCACCUAUACUUGUUAGUACUGCAAGAGGAACUACACAUGUGCGGCCGACAGUUGCAUUCCGGAAGACGCAUAGCUGCGGACUUGCACGUUCUUCGGAAGUGCAACACUUGUACGUUUUGGAGGCUCAGCACUGGAAAGAUGAGCGGCGAUUCAGAUAGUAAUAAAGUGUUCCAUGAGCAGCUCCGUUUGCAGCAGCUGUAUGAACAGAGGCGAGAGGGUGGAGAGGAUCCAAACACAUACGUCGACCCAGAAGACGGCACUGUGUACGACUGGGACCAUGAAAAGAGAGCAUGGUUUCCAAAGGUAAAUGAUGAUUUCAUCGCAGCAUAUCAAGCAAACUAUGGAUUCAAUGAGGAUGGGGCCCCUGAUCCAACUGCUGCGGUCCCUUUCUCCGAAUCCCUCCCUGCCAAACCGGAGGAGCCCAAGAAACCUGAAGAACCCAAGAAGCUGGAGGAGAGCUCAAUCCAGGGAACAGCUAAGGAGGGAGCUCAGAAAGGAGAGAAAAGGAAAGCAGAUCCAGGAUGGUUUGAAGUUGAAAAGGACAAAAACACCAAUGUUUAUGUGACGGGUCUUCCUCCAGAUAUUACUCCUGAUGAGUUUGUGGAGAUCAUGUCCAAAUGUGGAAUUAUCAUGCUUGACCCUAUCACAGAAGAGUAUAAAAUUAAGCUUUACAAGGACAAGGACGGGAACCAAAAAGGAGACGGACUUUGCUGCUACCUGAAGAAAGAGUCUGUAGCUCUUGCCGAGCGGCUUUUGGAUGAGACAGAGAUUCGGGGCUACCAGCUGCAUGUGGAAGUAAAGGAUAAUGUGGCACUAAAGACCUGUGUUGAGGAAACCUCACGAGAACGAGAAGAGAGACUGAAAACCUGGUCCUCUUUCCUGAGUGAUGAGAGUGCAUCUGCCAAAGCUAAAGCAGACUCUUCAAAAGCAGCUGAACAACAAAAUUCCAGCACACAAGAAACAGCAGAACAGACUCGACAGGAGGAACAUACAAACGAAAGCACUGCAGAACCGCAAGAGGGGAAAGAUGAGAAGGAUGAGAAGGAGCAUGACGAGGUAGAGGAAGGAGGAGUAGCGUCGACCGAUAGCAGUUUAGCAGGAAGUGAUAAUGAGGAUGCGUAG